UGUUUAAUGGUCGGUCACUUUGAAAGAAAAACAAAAAAAAUCAAAAAAGCCCGUUUGCUUUUUUUUUUGAAAGUUCAAUGACGGAUGAGAAGGAGAUCAUUGAUGAUGACUAUAGCUCAGAUGAGGAAGAAGACGAAGAAGAUGAUGACGAUGAUGAUGUCGAUGGCGAGAGUAGCAGCGAAGAAGACGACGAAGAAGAAGAUGAUCGGAGUUUGAGUGGAGAUGAUAGCGAAUUGAGCGAAGAUGAUUCUACUGAUUCCAAUUCGGAUUCUGAUGACGACGAAGACGACGACGACGACGAUGAAGAAGGAGAUGAGGAAGAGGAAGAGGAAGAAGACUCUCUUGUUGAUAAAGUCACUCGCCUAUUCAAAGGGAAACAAGAUUGAGAGACUCAUAAACAUUUCUUAGCAUAAGAGAGCUUUCUUAAGGGUAAAAGAUAGAAGCAAAAGAAGCAGUUUAUCAAAGAUCAUCUAUUGCAAAGGUAAACUAAAUCAUAUACCGGUUUCUAUAAUACAUGCCUCUUAUGUUUAUGCCAGAGAUGUCGAUAAUUUUUGUUUUACAAACGAAGAGUUUAGUUCUCUUCAAUCAGAGAGUUUAGAGAUUUUAUAAUGCCUUUCUCCAAAGACGAUUUGUAAACUCUUGUUUUGAUUACUCACAAGUACGAAUACCACUAUUUUUUUUGUUUUUGA